UGUGGAUGUAAACAGAAGGACGUUCCUCCGCUCAGUGUGUGUGUGUGUGUGCGUUCCUCCUCUGGAGACGGCACCGGGAACAUGACCAAACUGGAGCUGCUCAACGUGUUUCUCAACGACAGGCUGACGGCGGCCGCGGAGGAGAUCUUUCGCGCCGUUAAAGACACGGUGGUGGAGUACGAGAGCGAGCUCGUGCGCUCCAAAGAGGAGAACGAGCGGCUCAAACGGCUGCUCAAUGUGGCGGUGCAACGGCUGCUGCUGCAGCCAGGUGAGGAGACGCUGCAGCCAGGUGAGGAGACGCUGCAGCCAGACCCUCCCUCUGUCCAGCCCCAAGAAGAUGUCCAGCCCUGUGAGUCUGAGUGGAGAGGCAGUGUGGAGCUGCUGCCGCAGAUUAAAGAAGAACCCAAACUCAGAACCAUUCAAACAGACUGUUCACAAGAAGCAAGAGACUCAGAGGAAGGAACCUGCAGUCAUGUGGAGCCACUGCAGAGGCCACAUCCUCCACCAGCCCAGUCUGUGUGCAGCAGACAGAGUGUCUCCCCAUCUCCGCUGUCCUCUCAGGAGAUUAAAGCAGAGAGUAACAGAGAGGAGAGCAGGAAACAGCAGCCAGCCAACAGUUUACCGUCCUCUAUGACUGUUUAUUCAAACUGCAGAGCAGCUCAGAGCAGUUUUAGUGGUAACACUGCAAAGAGUCACCGGACACAGAAAUCAGAGCAGCAGGUCAAGGGGUUACUCCGCUCGAAUGGGAAACAGAGCGCGCACAUACUGCAGAUCAAGAACGUGAGAUCCCUGAAGCCCCCUCCGCCUCGCUCCUCUCACCCGAGCCAGAGCAUCCAGAGGUGGCAUAGCUGUAAAGAGUGCGGGAAGGGAUUCAGCUUUGCGUGCCAGCUGGAGGUCCACAUGCGCUGGCACACCAAGGAGAAGCCGUACAGCUGUGCGGUGUGCCGAAAGAGCUUCACCACAGUCAGCAUGUUGAAGAGGCACCACCGCAUCCACACAGGGGAGAAGCCUUUCCGCUGCCACGUCUGCGGCAAAUGCUUCAACCAGUCGGCGCACCUAAACACCCACUUCAGGCUCCACACCAGGGAGAGGGCGAGCUGGAGCCGAGCGUCACACUCCAAGUGAACAAAGACUGACACUGAAACUCAGCUGAGCGUCUGUAAACUUGCUUUAAGGUUCGAACAGUGUACAAUAAUGGUGUUUGACUGUGCGUCUUUUCUCUUGUGCAAUAUAGUGUGGUACAUGAAGACUUCUGAUCCGUUGAACACUCUCAAAGGAAUUAAAAGAUCAUCUUGUCCAACA